AUGCCUAAAGCUACUACCCCUCCUCCUGCCUUCGCGGCUCUUAAGGACACAGCUUUGUUUACGCCAUUGAAGCUGGGUGGUCUCAGUCUCAAACAUCGCAUUGUGCAAGCGCCCACCACUCGUAUGAGAAGCGAGUUUGAGUCUCGUGGUGUCCACGUUCCUGGUGAUCGCGUUGCGAAGUAUUAUGGCCAGCGAGCCAGCGCCGGCGGUCUUCAGAUUGCUGAGGCUACAGAUAUAUGCCUCGAUGCUAGCGCAUACCCUGGUGUCGCAGGUGUCUUCACCGAGUCCCAGUUGAAGGGCUGGCGCAAGGUGACGGAUGCCGUCCACUCCAAGGGUGGCUUCAUCUUCGUCCAACUCUGGCACACUGGUAGGGCCUCAUCAUCUGGCAUGAGGGGUGGUAAUACCCCAAUUUCAUCAGGCAGUCAGCCUAUGGAUGGGAAGUACCUAGACGGCACUGAGUGCAAAGAUGGCCCUCCCAGACCUAUGACUGUCGAUGAGAUCCACGACCUGACGGCGGAGUGGGCUGCUGCCUCAAAACGCGCGGUCGAAGUCGCUGGAUUUGACGGUGUUGAGAUUCAUGGUAUUAAGCCGCCGACGAGUAACACUAAACUAGGAGCGAACGGCUACCUCCUUGAGCAAUUCCUUCACGACAAUAUCAACAACCGUACCGAUGAGUACGGAGGCUCAAUUGAAAAUCGCUCAAGGUUCCUCUUUGAGGUUUUGUCGGCUGUCAGCGCCGCCAUUGGGCCAGAGAAAGUCGGUCUUCGUCUCUCCCCGUACAACUAUUUCCAGGGUACGCGGGACAGUGACCCUAACAAGCACUGGUCUCACAUUUCCCGGAAAAUCGCUGAGUUGCCAGAAGCGCAGCGGCCCGUAUAUCACGUCCGUGUCCUUGAGGAUCUUGCUAAUAUGGGCCUGCCCGCUCUUAGGAUCGAGCCUCGUUUUGAUGAAGUUCUCGACGAGAAGCAGAAGCUUGCCUCUUUGUCCGGAUCAAAGUCAGAGACCAACAACUUGACUCAGUUCAGAGACAUCUUGAAACCGGCGGGUAUCCACUUCUUCGCUGCUGGUAGUUUCGACCGUGACAAUGCGGUGUCUAAGAUGAAGAGCGGCGAAGCGGAUGCCGUGGUGUUUGGCCGAUACUUCAUCGCCAACCCUGACUUAGUUGAGCGAUUGAGGAAUGGCUGGCCGCUAAACCCCUAUGAUCGUGCGACGUUUUAUGGAGCAGAACCUCCUGAGAAGGGAUAUAACGAUUAUGAGUUUUACAAAGUGGAUAACUCGGAGGUUACGGCAAGUGCCUAA